AUGACGUUUAUGGAACUUCGGAAUGGUCUCUGUCAAAGCAUGGAGAACGGUACGUUAAUGAGAGUCAGCAGAAUUCUGUACCGUAAUCCGGUUGUAGUUUUUGGUGGCCUAAUACAGUUUGAUACCAUGCCAAUCACUGACGAAGUGACUAUGCAUAAUAUGUUUCAAAUUCACUGGCAGACUCAGAUGCGACAGCCACAUAUUGAGCUGUAUGUUGAGUUUGAAACCGUAGUGGCGGAAGGGAUUCAAAAUGACUUAGAGGUGGAGGAUGAUAGAGCUGCAGUGUACGAGGGAAUGAAUAGUGACAGCGAAGAGGACUUCGAAGCCACUUAUGAAGCCGGCGACGAAGAUGAGGAUGGUGAUGUGGGAGUUGAGACAGCAGCUGAUAAUGUAGUGGUUCACCCAUCAAUCAGUCAACCGAUGAACGUGCCACCUUUUAUGCGUGAGUUGGAUCUCGACGCCAUGCAUGCACCGGAGUUUCCAGAAUAUUCAAACAUAGGCGUUGCUGAUCCCGAGGACGGAGAGUUCCGGAUUGGAGUGGAAUACAGUUCUAGAAAGUCGGUCGUGGCAGCAAUUAGAAGUUACACUAUUGCUAGAGGAGUUGACUACGACGUGUAUGAGUCUGAGCCACAAACGUUCUAUGCAAAAUGCAAGAUGUAUGGGCGUGGGUGCGACUGGCUUAUCCGAGCCAGCUUGAUACGGAAAAAAGGUUGUUGGGAGAUACGCAGAUACAACGGUAGGCACACGUGCACAACGGGAGUGAUUUCACAGGAUCAUUCCAAGUUGGACUCGGACACAGUUGCUGAGGCUAUAAGGCCAUUGGUCGAGACUGAGCCGUCCAUAAAGGUGAAAACUAUAAUAGCCGAAGUCCAGUCAAGGUUCAACUAUACCAUCAGUUACCGAAAGGCUUGGUUGGCAAAGCAGAAGUCCAUAGCGAAAGUUUUCGGUGAUUGGGAGGAGAGUUACCAAGCCUUGCCGUGGUGGCUCUCGGUUAUGGUUCAGAAGAUGCCUGGGUCAGUUGUCCAGAUAGAAACACGCCCACUGUACAAUGGGAAUGAAGAGGCGCAAGGGGUAAAAAUACUUCAUUAA